CAUAAGAAGAAGAAGAAGAAGAAGCUUCUGACAUCCAGCCUGUAGGUGGUGGUGCACAUCAAGCUGACAGCCGGGACCGCAGCCACAGAAGAAGAAGAAAGCGCUCGUGCAGAAACCAGAGAAGAAGAGCGUGUUUACGUCUCGACGCCAAACAUUCAGUAUUUUAUUUAGCAACGUGGAACGAGUCGGGAUCAGCUCAUUCUUUGGUUGUUUCUUGUUUUUUAAGGAAACGUCCGAAUACAGUUGAGGUCGACACGUUUCUUUUUCCUGAUAGCGGUAGCGGCUAACAUUAGCAUACUGAAGCGUAAAGGAGUUAAAGCAUAAAACAGCAGGACUUUCUUUCACUUCCCGGUUAAGGAAAUAAGAUAUUUAAGAAGAUGACUCGUCAUGGGAAAAACUGUACUGCCGGAGCUGUUUACACCUACCAUGAGAAAAAGAAAGACACAGCGGCGUCCGGUUAUGGCACCCAGAGCGUUCGUCUGGGCAAAGACGCCAUAAAAGACUUUGACUGUUGCUCCCUGUCCCUGCAGCCCUGCCAGGAUCCUGUGGUGACCCCAGAUGGAUAUUUGUAUGAAAAGCAGGCCAUCCUUGAAUAUAUUCUUCACCAGAAGAGAGAAAUAGCUAAAAAGAUGAAGGCUUAUGAGACACAGAAAAAAGCUCUAAAAAACAAUAAUCAGCUGGAGUCCAAAUCUGAGGAACGACAGAAGGCAGAGAGGUUUAAAACCAGUGAGAACAACAUUGUGUCUAAACCCAUCAACCCCUUUGCAUCAGGGCAGAACAAAGACAACGAGGUGGGCGGGUCGCAGAACAGCUCUGGUGAGUCCUCCACAGCUGCUGCAGCUACCAGCUCCAGCCAGAGUCUGCCCAGUUUCUGGGUCCCGUCUCUGACACCUGAAGCCAAGCCCACACUUCUGAAGAAACCAGAGCGGUAUGUGUGUGCAGUGACCAGGGACGCUUUAGGCAACAGUGUUCCCAGUGCGGUCCUGAAGCCUUCGGGGGCUGUGGUGACUCAGGAAUGUGUGGAGAAGUUGAUCAAGAAGGAUAUGGUGGAUCCUGUGACUGAAGACAAAUUGAGGGACGGAGACAUUAUCCCCCUGCAGAGGGGUGGAACUGGGUUUUCAGCGUCGGGAGUUGAGCUUCGAGCCAGAGAGUCCCGUCCAGUGAUGCAGGCGUGAGACAUUCUGCGAUGUCAACAUGUCCAAAGUGGUUCAGAUCAAAUUAUCAGUUUGAUCACGUUUUUGUAGCUUUGUCUUCAGAAGUCUUCUGAUUGGACGAUGUGUCUUCUGUCCAUCAUAGUUUACCUGUUAAAAGGAAAAUUCUUCUUCAAGAAACUGUAUCACUUUACAAAUAAACUCUGUUUAC